UUCCCUCAUCUACUUCGAUUUUCUUUCAUUAUCCAAACAGCGAAUAAGCCGGUAAAGUAAAACACACGAACAAUGGAGAAAUUCAAAACCCUAGAAAUCGUUCAGAAGACACCGAACUCCGGCGUCUUCCACCUCUACCUGAACCGCCCGUCCCAUCGCAACGCUCUCUCCCGCGAUUUUUUCUCCGAAUUCCCCAACGCCCUCGCCGCCCUCGACCAGAACCCCGACGUCAAGGUCGUCGUCCUUUCCGGCGCCGGCGCCCACUUCUGCGCCGGUAUCGAUCUCACAACCCUGGGCUCGAUCUCCGACAAGUCACUCUCCGGAAGCGACCGAGGCCGCGCCGGAGAGAAACUCCGGCGGGAGAUCAAGUUACUACAGGACGCGGUCACCUCGAUUGAGCGGUGCCGGAAGCCGGUGAUUGCCGCCAUCCAUGGGGCGUGUAUUGGCGGCGGCGUCGAUAUCGUAACCGCCUGUGACGUGAGGUAUUGCACGGAGGACGCGUUCUUCUCGGUCAAAGAGGUUGACUUGGCGAUCACUGCGGAUCUCGGGUCGCUCCAGAGGCUGCCCGCUAUAGUCGGGUACGGUCACGCUAUGGAGCUGGCUUUGACGGGUCGGAGGUUCUCGGGUUCGGAUGCCAAAGACUUGGGUCUGGUUUCUAGAAUAUUCGGUUCUAAGGAGGAAAUGGAUCGAGGAGUGACACUUGUCGCUGAGGGAAUUGCUUCUAAGUCUCCCCUCGCUGUGACCGGGACGAAAGCAGUGUUACUGAGAAGUAGGGACCUGACUUUGGAUCAAGGGUUGGAUUAUGUUGCCACUUGGAACUCGUCUAUGCUGGUGUCCGACGAUUUGACAGAGGCAAUCUCAGCUCACACCCAGAAAAGAAACCCUGUUUUCUCCAAGCUCUAAUGGUGCAUGCAUUCCAGAGUGUUUAUUUAUUUCCUUCUGAAGCAUUAAAUAAAGCUAGCUUUCUCAA